GAGUGGCGCUCGCAUCAGUGCUGUGAAAGCUUCAAAACAAAAUCGUGUUUGGUGACGGAGAAUUGACGGAGAUUUAAUCGAAUUUUAGACUGAAAUGAUCGAGGAACACGACGAACGCGAGACGAUAUGCGAUUCAGUGAAUUCACUGGUGGAGGGCUGCCGUUUGCCGGUCAGGAUGCACGGCACGGACGACUGGCCACUUGCUGAAAUCAUCAGCGUUAAGGAAGUACAAGGCAUUAAGUGCUAUUACGUUCACUAUGUGGACUUUAACAAACGAUUAGAUGAAUGGGUUAUGGAAGAUUCCCUGGACACUAGAAAAGUCCAGUAUCCUCGUCGUGAAGGAACAACACCGGGGACUGGUGCGGCGACCCCAAAGAAACAGGCCGUUAGUAGACCACCUAGUCCCUGUAGCGUUAGCAAUGAGCCAGUUAACGGUAACGCCGUUCUACAAGCGGCGCUGCAAAAGAAAAUGUCUAGAAAGAGAAAGGCGACCUUUCUGGAAAACGAGGAUUCCCAAGAUGCCCCGCCGCAAACGCCCGGUCCCAGACCCACUGGCUCCCUAGUGGCUCAUCACCACGACGAUGUAGUCACGAGAAUGAAAAACGUAGAACUAAUUGAAUUAGGCCGUCAUAGAAUAAAACCUUGGUAUUUUAGCCCGUAUCCGCAAGAGAUGGUAAACUUAAGUUGUAUAUACAUCUGCGAGUUCUGCCUAAAGUAUAGGAAAAGUCGAAAGUGCUUAGAGAGGCAUUUAGCAAAGUGCAAUUUACGUCAUCCGCCUGGAAACGAAAUAUAUAGGAAGGGACCCACGUCGUUCUUCGAAAUUGACGGCCGCAAGAACAAGAAUUACGCGCAAAAUCUUUGUCUGCUGGCAAAGCUAUUCCUAGAUCACAAGACCCUUUACUACGACACAGAUCCUUUCUUGUUCUACGUAAUGACGGAUUUCGAUAGCAAAGGAUUUCACAUAGUUGGUUAUUUUUCGAAGGAAAAGGAAUCGACGGAGGAUCACAAUGUAGCAUGCAUUCUUACACUGCCACCAUAUCAGAGGAAAGGUUACGGUAAACUCCUGAUAGAAUUUUCGUACGAGCUGUCAAAAUUCGAAGGAAAGACCGGCUCCCCCGAAAAACCGCUGUCCGACCUGGGUUUGCUUUCGUAUCGAAGUUACUGGGCUCACACGAUACUCGACAUCCUGCUGACCGUAAAACCCGUGGUAGAGAACGAGAAACCGCAGAUAACGAUAAGCGAGAUCUCCGAAUUGACGUCGAUCAAGAAAGAGGACGUAAUAUCGACUCUGCAAAACCUGAAUCUCAUUAACUAUUACAAGGGACAAUAUAUUGUAACAUUAAAUAGGGAAAUUAUCGAACAACACACAACUGCGAUGGAAAAGCGGCAGAACAGGAUAGAUCCUAAGUGUCUGCAUUGGACACCGAAAGACUGGAGUGUUAGGGCCAAAUGGUGAACAUAGCUCGAGCUGACAAUAAAACGAUACUGAUUUGUCUUGAAAUUAUUUUUCAGACAUUCUGAAAGCGAGUGCGGUGUUAACAGAUGUACAAAAAUUGUACAUAUAUAUAUAUAUGUUAAUUUGCGACCUUGAUGGUUUAGCGUUUUAAUAAGACUGUAUCCGGCGUUACGUACGCUUAUUGCAAUGCUUUAGGAACUUGUCGACACACGCAGAUCUCAGUUAUAAUAGGGCUAAGAUCGUAUUGCGCGAGUGCUCGCGAAUUUUACCUGACAAAAUAUAUUUGCUGUAACAAACAUAUAUAUAUACCUUAAAAAUGCAAUGUUUUAAUAUGAUGAUUAGAAUUUUUUUAAAGAUUCACAAACGGCUGUCAUUGUACAGUGGUCAAAUUUGUACAGAUAACCUAUCGCUCUUGUAGAAUUGUAAAUAAAUGUGAUUUUAUAACAUACUUACAAUUCUCCCUCAUAACUCAAACUCAUUUAAAUUUUAUAGAGGACUGUUUGUAUAGAUCCAAUCAACAGAUAUUGCUAUUUGUAAUUCGAUUUUUUUUUAGCGUACAAAGAUCAGUGAAGAUACACCUCAUGUGUAUAUGUAAAUAUGUACACAUCUUUUUUAUACGCUGUAAUUUAUUGUACAUUUUCUUGACGUAGUAGAGAUGGCUUAGAUAGUUACGAAUUAUUAUGAAUUAUAUAAGUACAUAACGCAUUGAUGUAUUUAUGAAUAUUCAUGCAAGAUAUAGAGAUUGUAUAAAACAACUUUAUUUUAAAAACUAUUUCUACUAAAACUAUUCACUUUGAACACAUUUUUGGGCGGAAACAUUUUUAAAUUGGCACAAUGUAUAAAUUAAUGUUAAACAAAAGUAAAUAAUCCGAAAUUGUAAUAAUGAAUGUAAAUAAUCUUCUAAAUUCCUUAUAAUUAAGGUUAUUGAAUGCCGUCCGGUAUUUAUUUUUUUUUUCAUUAGUGACUAUUAUGAACCAAAAAUUGAAUUUUAUAUGUUUUACAAGUAAUGUAGUAUUAUGAAUUUGUAGAUCAUGAAUGCUCUCCGUGUAGAUUGAUACUGAUUUUUGUUCUGUAACAGAGAAACAUAGUUACCAGUAUAAAAUAAAUUUCAGCUCAAUUUGCCAA